GUUUCGCAACUGCCGCCGCAACUCAGCUGGCCGUCACGUGUUCAUGUUUGUGCGGGAAUUAAAUGCCGAUCGCUGCACUCCGCGGCUCACUACUGUUGCGUUGCACCGGCGCUGGCGUGCGUUUCCUGGCCGCAAUGGCGAGCCAGUCGACACACCACGUUUUCGUGUACGGAACCCUGAAGACCGGCGAGCCCAACAAUCACGUUAUGAAGGACCCUGAGAACGGCAAGGCCACUUUGAUCGGGAACGCCGUGACUGUUAAGAAGUGGCCGCUAGUCAUUGCGUCGUCGUACAAUAUACCCUAUCUGCUGCGCUGCGAAGGAAAAGGGCAUAGUAUAUCGGGGGAGCUCUACAGCGUCGACGACAAGAUGCUGUCAAUGUUGGAUGACUUUGAGUCUCAUCCCAAGUACUACCUUCGCACUGAAGAAGAUAUCGAACUUACAAGCAAAUCAAAUGACGAAAAGACCAAGAAAAGACUCAGGGCGUGGAUUUACUUCUUGAAGGACUACCGAGAAGAGCUGUUGCAAAGGCCUUACAUAGCCAACUAUUCGUCCAAGGGAGACCACGGACUUGAAUAUGUGCCCAGGUACUUAAGAAAGGCUCAAGAUCCCCAAAACUUACACUGGCAAGAAGUUCUUCGUAACGAAAAAGUUACAUGCAAUAAGAAGUGAAGAAACGAGCUGCACAGACGACAUUUACUGACCAUCCACCACAGGGGAAGAAUGUUGUGCCUGCCCAGUGAAAUCAUUUGGUCUGUGAAAAAGUUAUAUUUUUAUUGUUGUCGCGUGCAUGCACCUGUUUAAAGUUGUUGCACAUUUAAGAACAAAGUAUAUUUUGCAAUUUUGAACUGCGGUGAGUGAAUUUCAUUGUUGCACGCAUUGGUAACAAAGUAGAUUAAACACAAAAAGGAAUGCCGCUGCUGACUAGGGGCCUUCAAAUAUUCUAGGUUU